CCGAAUGCAUGUUUUCCCAAAAUAACUUUUUUCCAAUAGAUAGCUUUCCCGAACAAAUACUACUGAAAUUAAUUUUUAUUAUUCUACUAUUUGACAUUUUUCGACGAUUCCGACAAUAUGAGUGUAUAUAAUAAUCAAAAAUCUUAUACUUAAGUAAUCGAAAAAGAUUCGAAAAAGUUUUUCAAUAUACAUUUUUCAAUUCGGAUAAAAAGACAAGGUAACGAAUGUAUCCAACUUCACUCAUAUAAACAAGUUUUUUCACGUCAUUCUUUUCGUGUCAAAAUUUCAUGAGCUAAAAUUUGCUGCCUAAAGUCAAAAUUUCUAAUUAUGGCGGAAUUAAUUGAAUGCAAAAAAUCAUUUCUUUUGCACAUUAACGGAUAUUUGUACUACAAACACUCAGGUAGAAUAGAAGAAACUGCGUAUUGGAAUUGCCGAAGAAAACCUGAGUGUAAUGCUAGAGUGACAACAUACGGAGGACCACACAAUAUCAGAGUUCUGAAGGGACUUGAUGAAUCGAAACACAUCCUUCAUGCACCAAACCCCGAAGAAGUCGAAGCGUUAAGAGUCAUGAAUAGGAUCAAACGUAAAGCUACAGAAAAUCUUGAAGCUCCUCCAGCUCAAAUAUUACGAACUGAAUUGCGAAACGUUUCACCAGCGGUAUUAGCGGAAAUGCCAAACAGAAUUAAUUCCCGAAAAAGUCUUAGUCGUGAAAGAUUAAAAGAUUUUCCCUCGAACCUGCGAACGCUGAGAGAAUUGCAGGAUAUUCCAGGCUUUUAUCAAAAUUCAUUGAAUGGAGAUAAAUUUCUAAUUUACGACUCCUAUGAAAAUGACGAAGACUCAGAAUUUGGGAGAAUACUCGUGUUCGCGACGCCUGAAAAUUUAAGGCAAUUAUUCAGGAGCAUAUUGUGGUUUGCCGACGGAACAUUUAAAACUGCGCCAAGUAUAUUUUUCCAAGUUUUCGCAAUUCUCGGAGCAGUUACACAACCGGAUUCAAGAGGAAAACCACAAACUAUUGGUUUACCUUUUGUCUACGCAUUAUUAGAAAACAAAGAGCAGAAAGUAUACGAAAAAGUAUUCUCGGUUGUUUUGCAAGAGGCAGAACGUCUAGGUAUCGAUAUUUCUCUUCCGAUUAAAGUGAUGACAGAUUUUGAGUUGGCUAUCAUCAAUGCUGUAAAAAUCGUAAUGGGCGAAGACAAGGCACGCUGCUGUUUUUUCCACCUCUGUCAAAACAUGUACCGCCAUAUCCAAAGUGAAGGACUUCAGAAAAUGUAUUGCGAUCCUGAAGAUCGAUCGGUCAAAGUAGCCACUCAUAUGAUAUGUGCCCUUGCUUUCGUCCGAGAAUUCGAAACCUUAAAAAAUGAAAUACCGGAGGAAAUGCGACCAAUUUCAAAAUACUUUGACGCUACGUACGUCCGAGGAAAACCUGCAAAAGGUGCAUCCUCGCUAUGCUCCAGAUUUGUGGUGUCAAUAUGA